CUUGUUCAGAGUGAACCGGGGAGGCUGGGAGGCGAAAUAAACAAUCUCCGGACUCGAAGUAGCUACGAACGCGUAGUUUUACCGUCUCAAACAUACAAAUCCACCACCCAUCUAACCUAGACAAGGUUUCAGGAGGUUGCUGGUAGUGACCCUGUGGUGCAGGAGGCCCCUCCCGGUACCAUGGUGAAGGUCCAGAGGUCGACGAGGAGGAAGAGCUCCCACUGUCUCCGCAGAGUGGAGAAUGUCGCUGAGACGGAGAUGGAGGAAGGCCCGCCCGAGCCUGACCCCGAGCGGCCCCCACAGGAGCCCCGAGGAGGAGACCAGCCCUCCGAUCAAGCCCAGCUCCAGCCCCCCGCUCCACCUGAAGCUCUGUCGGAGGACACGGACCAAAAGGAGACACCGGGAGACGAGCAGGAGAAGGACGACGCCGCGGGCCUGCUCCAAGCCAAGCCUCUCUGGAAGCCCAUCCCUCCUCUGCUGCCCGAGUCCAACGUGAGCGGAAACACCAAGACCAGGGACCAGAUCUGCCAGACCGAGGGUAGCGAUGGUCACAGCACAGGCCUGUGUGCCGAGCCUGGAGAUCCUCCUCUGCUCCAGCAGCCUCUGCAGACCUCCAAGUCCGGGAUCCAGCAGAUAAUUGAAUGCUUCCGUUCAGGCACGAGCCAGCUGAGGCACAUGCUGCUGAGGGAGGUGGACACCAUCUUUGAGUGUAAGCUGUGUCGCAGUCUGUUCAGAGGCCUGCCCAACCUCAUCACACACAAAGAGUACUACUGCCUGUCACGGAUGCCCGAGCCCGACGGUCCGUCCGGGGAUGACAAGCAGAGCGUGGCCAUGAAGGAUUUACUGGACGUCAUUUAUCCCCGAGCCCCGGACUACGUGGUCCGACUGGAGCCCAUUCAGACCACCAACAAGGCCGUGUUCCAGUUCCUCACUACCGAGGAGGAGCUGGCUAAAUUUCCAUCGCAGACACCCAGUGCCAGAGAGAGUCCAGUAGCGUGGGAGGGAGAGCAGGGGGAGGGUGCAGACAACAACCAGGCGAGCCAGCCGGAGAGCCACAGCAGCCCGGGACACACUCAGGGACAGAAGAGGUGGGAGGGGGAGGAGGAGGCCAAAGAGGAGCAGCCACCGGCCGAAGACGAGGGCUCCACCAGCGGGGUGGAGGAUGUGACCAUCUCCUGCUGCCUGUGCGGUCAGGACUUCAACUCGCGCCGCAGCAUCAGGCGUCACUGUCGCAAAAUGCACCAGACCAAACUAGACGAGCUCCGCAAGUUCACAGAGACACGGACCGUUCCCACGAGCCUGCUCUCCAUGGUGAAAGGUCGGCCGAGGACUCUCAGCACGCCGACCGGAAAGUCCUGCCCCGUCUGCAUGAAAUCCUUCGCCACAAAAGCCAACGUGCGCCGCCACUUCGACGAGGUGCACCGCGGUCUCCGGAGGGAUACCAUCACUCCCAACAUCGCGUCUCGCCCCGGCCAGCCCUUCAAUCUGGAGAUCACGCCCCCCAGGAAGAGCAACAACUCCUCUCCAACUCGUAGCAACAGCUCCAAGGCGGCCCCCGUGAACUCUAAAACCCCGCCUUCCAACCAGACCCAGACCAAAGCGCAGAGCCAGCCCCCCGCCUCGUCACAGGCAGCCCCCGCCUCCUGCCGCUGCACGCUCUGCAAGAGGAACUACAGCUCUCAGCUCAUGUUGAAGAGACACAUGCGUAUCGUCCACAAAAUAUACAGCAUGAAGAACAACCGGAGUGCCCCCCCGGUAGCCCCCCCUGCUCCGGCAGCCCCGCCCCAGAGCAGCAGCACUAAUUCCGCCACGAGCAACAGCGUCCGCGUGAAAGAGGAAGCAGUAGAAGCUUCAGAUGAAGACGAGGAGGAGGAGGAGGAGGAGGAGGAGGAAGAGGAGGAGGAAGUGGAAAGCACUCCAGCCCCGUCUCCUAGCGACAGCACCGGGACAGCUAAAGGUGUCCCCGUGGUGAAAAACACCAUGAAGGUGAAGGAGGAGGAGGCCCCGUCGAGCCCGAAGGCCGCGCCGUUACCGUCGUCUUCCUCGCGCGGCGGGGGCGGAGCCUCCAAAACCCCCAAACUGUCGGUGGGCUUCGACUUCAAGCAGCUGUUCUGCAAACUGUGCAAGCGGCAGUUCAGCUCUCGGCAGAACCUCACCAAGCACAUCGAGCUGCACACCGACGGCAACGACAUCUUCAUCAAGUUCUACCGCUGCCCGCUCUGCCGCUACGAGUCGCGCCGCAAGCGGGACGUCCUGCGCCACGUGACCGUCGUGCACAAGAAGUCGUCGGCGUACCUGGGCAAGAUCAUGCCCAAACUGGAGAGCCGGGCGGUGAAGAGGCAGGCCGAGGCCGUGCUGAACAGCGGCACCCCCAACAAGAGGAGCAGCAGCGCGCUCAAAGAGGAGGUGAACGGGCGUCUCCCUUCCUCCUCCGCCUCCUCCUCCCCCUCGCCUCCCGUCACUCGCAAGCAGGAGGUCUCCACACCUGCACCGACCUCCUCCUCUUCAUCCUCUUCCUCCUCCGCCCCGCAUCCCGCCCCCGUCACCCGCAAACAGCAGGAAGUGUCGUCGCCGGCGUGCAGCCCCUCCCCCCCCGUCACCCGAAAGCAGGAGAGGCAGCAGACCCACCAGCCUCGCCCCGUCAGCCCCCCGCUGACCCGCCGCAGCGAGAAACACGCGCACCAACGCAGCUCCUACUCGCCCGGCAACCAGACCCCACACACCCGGCGACACGACGGCCAGUCAGAGUGCAGCGGCACCGGCUCGUCGUCCUCCACCGAAGUCAGGGUGACCAAGAACUUCUCGCUGCACGCCUGCGACCAGUGCGGACGGGCCUUCGCCAAGAAGCUGUACCUGGAGUCUCACAAGCGAAGCCAUCGCAACGCAGUGACGGCGGCGGCCAGCAGGAGGAAAGGAGUCAGCACCCGCUCCAAAUCCCUGGUCUGGUGAAACACUCGUCCGCCGUGAUAAAGCACCUAACACUGAAGGAGCCAAUCAAAACUCUCAACUGGAAAAUACAACGGACGAACGGAAGGAGCGCAGACCAACAGAAGGAGUGGAGUACAAAGGGUUUCCACCUUUUUGCCCGAGAACCAAAUGUAACGUUUGGAUUCUGACGUUUAUUUUGUGAAGUGUCACCCGCCGCACAGAGAGACUGUAGCAGAGGAUCCAUUACCGCUGUACAUAUCUGUAUUUACUGAGGCUGAUUUGUACCGCUUUGCCCUCUGUAGCUGACGUGAGGUGUGUGUGUGUGUGUGUGUGUGUGUGUGUGUGUGUGUGUGUGUGUGUGUGUGUGUGUGUGUGUGUGUGUGUGUGUGUGUGUGUGUGUGUGUGUGUGUGUGUGUGUGUGUGUGUGUGUGUGUGUGUGUGUGUGUGUGUGUGUGUGUGUGUGUGUGUGUGUUGGAUCGCGCCCUACACAGAAGAUCAACUGGAAAUGUGGACAAACUUGUUUUGGGUCCACCUGUCUCUACGUUAUUUCAGGUGGCUACAUGCUAACCUUGAAAUUGACUCUUAAUUGUCGUGCUAGCAGCUCCAUGGACUGACUGACUGACCCAACAGGGAUUUGUUCGUUAAUAACAGGGUCUGGAAGGUGAAGGGAACCCCGAAGUAUAUUUUUAGUUCAUCCUCAAAAUUGCUUUAUAUGUGCUUUGAGAAACAAACUUCUGUCCAGAUGUGAAUUGUGUUUUCUUACAGGUGUUCUGUUUUACAGCAUGUGAAAUAAGUUUGUGACGGGUGUUUCCUUUACGUCGACCGUGCCCUGUUUUAUUUAUACGAGUCGAGUAGUUGUGAGAGAACUGUCAGGCAACGUGAAGCCAGGAUUCAGUAACAGACCUACGGUGGCCCACAGGUGCAAACACGAUACAACGGCCCAAAACACCAAGGGGAAACACCCUGCAGUUUAAAAAAUGAUGCAAGUAUAAAAAAGACGAGACGAAUGUAUAAUCCCCGGAUGUCACAAGCGCUCCGGUCCCAGAUGUGUGCGUCACUUUUUAGUGUCCCCUGUAUUUUCGUUGUGGUUCAUGCAGCGCUUUUAGUAAACACUGCGCCUGUGUUGACAAGUUUGUGAAUAUUUUCUAAAUGCUUCACUUUUUACAUUUCAGUUGGUUAAGUUGUUUCUUCAUUUGCAUGUGUUUUUAUAUUUGCAUCGUUUUUGAAACUGCUCCUAAUGGAGGUGUUUGCACCUUUUGGCCACCGUACGCAACUGAGGGAGUAAUGUCCAGACAGUAGGGGAAGCAUUUAGAGUAAAAGUGACACCUUCACUCAACAAAAAUCCAACAAACUGCACUAAAUAUGAUGCGAGACACAGGUGAAGAACUUUCUUUCUUUUUGAAAAUUCUUUAAGAUCAAAUCAAAUGAAUUUCCUUCCAAAUUAUUAAAUAAUUUUCCAAUGUAAAAGUUUGACUCGAAGGGGUGCUUCAUGACCUUUAAACUAUCAAUUUAACACCAACAUGACCCCCUGCGGUGAGUAACCCCUGCUAAUGUGUGAGAAUCUAAUGGGAGGAUGUGUUUGGAUGUGAGCAGGGAACAUAGAAACGAUUAACUGGAAGACUUUAAGUUCUGAGCAGCCGGUGUGGGAGAAUUGGCUGUUUGUGGUGCUAACCCUGAUUUAUAACGGGCCAAAAUGUGUGAGCAGUGGAAGAAAGCUAAACAUUUACCUUCUCCAAACUUAAAAGUUUACAUUAAACUUAGAGUUUCUUUUACAACUGGGAUUUUGUGAACUUUUCUGUAAGCUCAAGGGGGCUGCGUUUGUUUUCCCGGGCAGCAACAGGAACCCCGAGGUAGUCUUUGAAAAACACUGGCACACGUGGAACGAGACGGAGGAAGACCAAAUGUAGACAUGUCUUAAUGUUUAAACGGAAAGCCAUGAAAUGGAUCAAAACCAGUGGAAAAGGAAAGACCAAACUUUAUUUUUAUAAAUGCUACAAGGUCUCGAGAACAUGUAUAUAUGGUAUAAAUAAUAGUUCUAAUAGUCAGAGUAGUUAUCGACUUGUACUUAACCAUUGGUUGACCACACGCUUCAAACAUGUCCGCUAGUUACUUCUGGCACUGUUUCAUACGGAGGCCAGUUUGUGUUUCACCAUGAAAUGUCUUUCUUUUUGUAUUUCAUUCCUUUUUUUUGUCGGAAAGAAGAGACUUUAAUUGGAUCUCACGAGGACGUUUUUUGUUGGAAACUUGUCAUUCAUUUCCUCAUCAGCUGUACUAUGUUAUUAGAGAAGUCUUCAGAUGUGACGGGAAUGUUAAACCAACCACUUAAUGAAUAAAAAUGUACUGCUUCAAACCUCA